UAUUUAUUUUUCUUUUUGUUAAUACACGAACAUAAACGUACUCAAAUUGACUUACAUAAUUGAGUGACAAAAUAAAUAAAAUAAAAUAAUGGAAAGAAAGACAAUAAAAAAGCUGUACGUGCAUGCAUGGAAGUUUCCGACACCUAAAUUUUAGCUGUUGACAAUUCGAUCCAUAUCCGUACAAGAAAGGGUACUUCCACUCUUCUUCCUCUCCACAUUUAAAUUCUUACUAUAUAUAUAAUCUACUCAUAAUCUACAAUCCUAAUUAAAUACUUACGUCAUUGAACAAAUGUCACUACCCGAGUUCGAUUUCGACUCACUUACUGAGUUGCACAAUUCCGUGAACGAGUUACUGUCUUCCCCCACCACCAAGCGCGAGAUAAUCCACAACGGCCAUGAAAAGUGGGGCCACGACGUGUCGGAAGCGUCGCUAAAAAUGGCUGACUCUUGCUCCGCCGCCAAGGACCUCCUCCUCCUCGCCAAGGACCACCUCCAGAGCCUCCAGUCCGCCUUCCGCCGCAUCGCCGCCACCACCGAGACUGCGGAAAACAACUUCGCCCACCACCGCCUCCCCCGUAAGCAGCUGAAGAAAGCAAUCCUAAAAAGAAUACACUCGCUCAAGGCCGGGUCACAGCCGCCGCAGCCGGCGGCGGCGGCGGGUCAAACCCUUGCGGCGGUGGUGAAUUUGCUGAAGGAAGUGAGAGCCACAACCCUGUUGAUCGUCCGGUCGGUGUUAACCCUCAUCGCCAUACCGAACCCGGUGAACAAACCGGGUUCGGGUAAAAAGGAUCCGAUUUUCAGGAUCCGAUUUACCCGGGUGGAUAGCUUGAGUAUUUGGGAGAAAAGCGACGUCGUAUUGGACACACGAUCUGUAAUGAAGAGGUUGGAGGAAGUGGAGAUGGUGGUGGGGGAUAUGGAAGCUGAAUUAGAGGACAUGUUUAGAAGGCUGAUUAGGACUAGGGCUUCACUCCUAAACAUACUUAAUACCUAG